AUGGGGCGAUUCUCUUGCAAGAUCACUGGCCGGCCACAACCACAGGUCACCUGGCUCAAGGGAAAUGUCCCACUGCAGCCAAGUGCCCGUGUGUCUAUGUCUGAGAAGAAUGGGAUGCAGGUUCUGGAAAUCCAUGAGGUCACCCAGGAUGAUGUGGGCGUGUACACGUGCAUGGUGGUGAACGGGUCAGGGAAGGCCUCCAUGUCAGCUGAGCUCUCCAUCCCAGGUUUGAACAAUACCAAUAGGUCAUUUGGGAGAAGAGUAGAGGUCCCCAAUUCAGAUGUCAGGAAGGAGGUGACCAAUGGAGUCUCAAAGGGGCCGAAACUCGACAGCCUGGAGACUGCAGCUGCAAGUAAUAACUGCUCCAGCCCCCGGGGAGGACAGUCCCCCAUCUACACCUCAAACAGCCAGCCACAGCCCCUGCAGGAGCCCAAGGUGAUGCUGACGGGGGUCUCACCUAGAAAUUUACCACAGACCCCUGUCCUGCAGAAGACUUCCAGCACCAUCACCCUGCAAGCCACAAAAGUCCAGCCGGAACAAAGAGCACCAAUCAUGGGAACCCUGUCUCCUAGGGAAGAGAUGAGUCCAUCUGUUCCCCAGCCAGCCACCCUUUCUACAGGACUGUCGGACCUGGGAAGCCCAGAAGUUGUGAGCAAGGUUGCUACCAGGAAAAUCCCCAUGGAGAGCCAGAGCCAUUCAGCAUGGCCCAAGUUUGAGAGUGAGCCCCAAAGCCAGGAAGUCAGUGAAGACCAAGCAGUCAAAUUUAGGUGUGAGGUUUCAGGGAUCCCAAAGCCUGAAGUCACCUGGUUCCUGGAAGACAUUCCAGUGAGCAGACAAGAAGGCACCAUUGAGAUUUAUGAAGAUAACGGGUCCCAUUACCUCUGCCUGCUGAGAGCUCAGACCAAGGACAGUGGGAAGUACAGCUGCACAGCCUCCAAUAGCCAAGGCCAGGUGUCCUGCAGCUGGACCCUUCUAGUGAAAAGGUUGGUUACAAUGGGGGAGGCCCCCUCAUUCUCCAGUGUCUUAAAGGACUGCACUGUUGUCGAGGGCCAGGAUUUUGUGCUGCAGUGCUCCGUACAGGGGAACCCAGUGCCCCAGAUCACUUGGCUGCUCAAUGGGCAGCCCAUCCAGUAUGCUCACUCCACCUGCAAGGCCGGCGUGGCUGAGCUCAACGUCCUGGAUGCCCUGCCAGAGGACAAUGGCACCUACACCUGUCUGGCCGAAAACUCCUUAGGACAAGUGUCUUGCAGCGCCAAGGUCAUCGUCCAUGAAAAGAAGAGUGACGGAAAGAGUGGCCUUCUGCCUCUGUCUCCCAACCAGCCUGUGGCGCCCAUCUUCCUACAAGGCCUCUCUGAUCUCAAAGUCAUGGAUGGAAGCCAGGUCACCAUGACAGUUCAGGUGUCAGGGAAUCCACCCCCAGAGGUCAUCUGGCUGCACAAUGGGACUGAGAUCCAGGAGUCUGAGGACUUCCACUUUGAACAGAAAGGCACUCAACACAGCCUUUGCAUCCAGGAAGUGUUUCCAGAGGACACAGGUACAUACACCUGCGAGGCCUGGAACAGCUCCGGGGAGGUCCGCACUCAGGCUGUACUCACAGUGCAAGAGCCUCAUGAUGGCACCCAGCCCUGGUUCAUCAGCAAGCCUCGCUCGGUGACGGCCUCCCUGGGCCAGAGUGUCCUCAUCUCCUGUGCCAUAGCUGGUGACCCCUUUCCUACUGUGCACUGGCUCCGAGACGGCAGAGCCCUCUCCAGACACACUGUCCAUUUUGAAGUACUGCAGAACGAGGAUGUGUUCACCCUGGUUCUAAAGAACGUGCAGCCCUGGCAUGCUGGCCAGUAUGAGAUCCUGCUCAAGAACAAGGUUGGCGAAUGCAGUUGCCAAGUGUCACUGAUGCUACAGAACAGCCCUGCCGAAGAAUCCCCACGGGGGCAGGAGCCUGCCAGCUGUGAGGGCCUCUGUGGUAGAGGAGCUGGUGCUGAUGGUGGUGGCGACCGUGAUGGGACCCUGAGGCCAGACUGGCCUGGGAAAGGGCAGGAUUGCCCAGAGGAGGAAGACUGUGAGGACGUGCGGGAGCUGCUGAAGAGGCGUGUGGAGACCCGGCUGCACACAGAGGAGGCCAUCCGCCAGCAGGAGGUGGAGCAGCUGGAUUUCCGCGACCUCCUGGGGAAGAAGGUGAGCACCAAGACUCUGUCGGAAGAAGACCUGAAGGAGAUCCCAGCUGAGCAGAUGGAUUUCCGCGCCAACUUGCAGCGGCAGGUGAAGCCAAAGACUCUGUCCGAGGAAGAGAGGAAGGUGCACAGCCCCCAGCAGGUUGACUUCCGCUCUGUCCUGGCCAAGAAGGGGACUCCUAAGACCCCCGUGCCUGAGAAGGCACCACCUCCAAAACCUGCCACACCUGACUUUCGCUCGGUGCUGGGCAGCAAGAAGAAAUUACCAGCAGAGAAUGGCAGCAGCAGUGCCGAGUCCUCGAGUGCCAAGGCAGUGGAAAGUCCCCAGCCCGUGAGCAACGCACAGCCUGCAGGGUCCCUGAAACCUGUGGUCAAUGCCAAGCCUGCAGAGACCUUGAAACCUGUGAGCAAUGCCAAGCCGGCCGAGACCCUGAAACCCACCCUGAAACCCGUGGGCAAUGCCAAGCCUGCCGAGACCCUGAAACCAGCUGGGAAAGAAGAACUGAAGAAGGAGGUUAAGAAUGAUGUGAACUGCAAGAGAGGGGCCACCGACAAUGAGAAAAGACCAGAGAGCCAAGGGACAGCCCCAACUUUCAAGGAGAAGCUACAAGAUGUCCAUGUGGCAGAGGGUGAAAAGCUGCUACUCCAGUGCCAGGUGUCCUCUGACCCCCCAGCCACCAUCACCUGGACACUGAAUGGAAAGACACUCAAGACCACCAAGUUCAUCAUCCUCUCCCAAGAAGGCUCACUCUGUUCCGUCUCCAUCGAGAAGGCGCUGCCCGAGGACAGAGGCCUAUACAAGUGUGUAGCCAAGAAUGGUGCCGGCCAGGCGGAGUGCUCCUGCCAAGUCACCGUGGACGAUGCUCCAGACACUAAGAACACCAAGGCCCCGGAGAUGAAAUCCCGGAGGCCCAGGGGCCCUCUUCUCCCUGUGCUAGGAACGGAGAGUGAUGCAACUGUGAAAAAGAAACCUGCCCCCAAGACACCUCCGAAGGCAGCUAUGCCUCCUCAGAUCAUCCAGUUUCCCGAGGACCAAAAGGUGCGUGCAGGAGAGUCGGUGGAGCUGUUCGGGAAAGUGACUGGCACCCAGCCCAUCACCUGUACCUGGAUGAAGUUCCGAAAGCAGAUCCAGGAGUCCGAGAACAUCAAGGUGGAGAACAGCGAGACUGGCAGCAAGCUCACCAUCCUGGCUGCACGCCAGGAGCACUGCGGCUGCUACACGCUGCUGGUGGAGAACAAGCUGGGCAGCAGGCAGGCCCAGGUCAACCUCACUGUCGUGGAUAAGCCAGACCCCCCAGCUGGCACGCCUUGCGCCUCUGAUAUCCGGAGCUCCUCGCUGACCCUGUCCUGGUACGGCUCUUCAUAUGAUGGGGGCAGUGCCGUACAGUCCUACAGUGUUGAGAUCUGGGACUCGGUGGACAAGACGUGGAAGGAACUAGCCACAUGCCGCAGCACCUCUUUUAACGUCCAGGAACUGCUGCCUGACCGCGAGUACAAGUUCCGCGUGCGAGCAAUCAAUGUCUACGGAACCAGUGAGCCGAGCCAGGAGUCUGAGCUCACAGCCGUGGGAGAGAAACCGGAGGAGCCGAAGGAUGAAGUGGAGGUGUCCGAUGAUGAUGAGAAGGAGACUGAGAUUGACUACCGAACAGUGACGGUCAACACGGAACAAAAAGUAUCUGACUUCUAUGACAUUGAAGAGAGACUAGGAUCUGGGAAAUUUGGACAAGUCUUUCGACUUGUAGAAAAGAAAACUGGAAAAAUCUGGGCAGGGAAAUUCUUCAAGGCAUAUUCAGCAAAAGAGAAAGAGAACAUCCGGCAGGAGAUCAGCAUCAUGAACUGCCUCCACCACCCCAAGCUGGUCCAGUGUGUGGACGCCUUUGAAGAAAAGGCCAACAUCGUCAUGGUCCUGGAGAUUGUUUCGGGAGGAGAGCUGUUUGAGCGUAUCAUCGAUGAGGACUUUGAGCUGACAGAGCGCGAGUGCAUCAAGUACAUGCGGCAGAUCUCCGAGGGGGUGGAGUACAUCCACAAGCAGGGCAUCGUGCACCUGGACCUCAAACCUGAGAACAUCAUGUGCGUCAACAAGACGGGCACCAAGAUCAAGCUCAUUGACUUCGGUCUGGCCCGAAGGCUGGAGAAUGCAGGGUCUCUGAAGGUCCUCUUUGGCACCCCAGAGUUUGUGGCUCCAGAAGUGAUCAACUAUGAACCCAUCGGCUAUGCCACUGACAUGUGGAGCAUCGGGGUCAUCUGCUAUAUCCUGGUCAGCGGCCUCUCCCCCUUCAUGGGUGACAACGAUAACGAGACCUUAGCCAACGUUACCUCUGCCACCUGGGACUUCGACGACGAGGCAUUCGAUGAGAUCUCUGAUGAUGCCAAGGAUUUCAUCAGCAACCUGCUGAAGAAAGACAUGAAAAACCGCCUGGACUGUACCCAGUGCCUUCAGCAUCCAUGGCUAAUGAAAGAUACCAAGAACAUGGAGGCCAAGAAGCUCUCCAAGGACCGGAUGAAGAAGUACAUGGCAAGAAGAAAAUGGCAGAAAACGGGCAAUGCUGUGAGAGCCAUUGGAAGACUGUCCUCUAUGGCAAUGAUCUCAGGGCUCAGUGGCAGGAAAUCCUCAACGGGAUCACCAACCAGCCCGCUCAAUGCAGAAAAGCUAGAAUCUGAAGAAGAUGUCUCCCAGGCUUUCCUCGAAGCCGUUGCUGAGGAGAAGCCCCAUGUAAAACCCUACUUCUCCAAGACCAUUCGUGAUCUUGAAGUCGUGGAGGGAAGUGCUGCUAGAUUUGACUGCAAGAUCGAAGGAUAUCCAGACCCUGAGGUCGUCUGGUUCAAAGACGACCAGUCAAUCAGGGAGUCCCGCCACUUCCAGAUAGACUACGACGAGGAUGGGAACUGCUCUCUGAUUAUUAGUGACGUCUGUGGGGAUGACGACGCCAAGUACACCUGCAAGGCUGUCAACAGUCUUGGAGAAGCCACCUGCACAGCAGAGCUCAUUGUGGAAACCAUGGAGGAAGGAGAAGGGGAAGGGGAAGAGGAAGAAGAGGAAGAGUGAAACGAAGCCAGAGAGAAGGGGGUUCUAAGUCAUUUUUAAAAGGACUGCUUCUCUAAAGCUCAAAAAACUCGAGAUAGUAAAAGCACCUAGUGUGAUAGAUUUUUCUAGUUAGGCCAUUUGGGGGUUGAUUCUUCAGCAAUAGCAGUUGAUACCUAGCAGCAUUAUUGAUGGGCAUUAAUUUGAAUUAGCUGGCACCUUAAGAUACUAGUGCAGCUAGAUUUCAUUUCAGGAAAUCACCAGCAAAAUGCCUGACCAGUUGAUUUUGAGAGAAGGUAACCAAAAGAAAUUUUUACCUGGACAAAAUCAUAAAUUCCCCAACUGAACACACUCAUGAAGAUAAAGGCCACAAGGGCUUUGGGCCCGGAUGCCACAGUUCAGCUCAGAGGGCACCUGGAGAUGGAAGGCCUUGCCCCAGCCCCAGACUCCAGAGAACCGCAGCAUUUCACUCUGAAAGCAGUUGAGCCAUUUUAACUUACAAGGCACACUACUCCAAAGUAUGCUGUAGAUAGAUGUUAGGCCGUUCCGUUUCCCUGUCCCUUUCAACCUAUUUUUCUGAACCUGUACUUGUCAUGAGUUUUGGCACUAAGGACAUAUUAAUUAUGUUUCUUAGAUUCUGAAGACAGGUCCCAGGCUCAUGGAUGACUUUGGCUUCCUUAGGAAAGGAAAAUAUCCUUUUCUUCUAAAAUCAGUAGGAAAUGUAAACUUAUCCCAUUCCACAAAUGUCUAGCAAUUUCUGACAUUUGGAUAAAAACCCGUGGAAAAAAUAAUUCUUGCUAAUGUGCUUUUCUUAUUCAAUCAGGAUUCAGAUUUGUGCUAUAUUACAGAGUAUCCAGCCUGCAUGCGUGGUAAAGAUGUUUGUGUCUCAGUGUAGGAAAAACCAGUUUGCUGAAGUUAGUCAAUUAUUUAUUGGGCACUAUGAAACCAAUUUCAACAGAUGAACAACUGUAGAAUUCCACGUACUUUGAAAUCUUCUGCAAGAUAGUCUUGAGUUUAAUAAUCUUCAUUUUCAACACUCUCCAAAGAGCUUGGCCUACCUUACGGGUCCACUAUAUUUUCCUUCUCAAAUGUGCAUCAGUCAUGCCUGGCCCCCAGCCUUGAAAUAUAUUCUUAGACCUGAUAAAUGCACUCAGACUCGCAUCUGUAGGAAUUUUUAACUUUCUUUCACAACCUUGGCACUUAAGUUUUUGUCUUUAUAAAACUUUCUGAAGGUCAUAAACAAAGACCAUAAACUGAUGCUAUACCCUAGUGCAUUUCCUCUGUGUGUGUGUGUGUGUGUGUGUGUGUAAUAUUCCAAAUACUCUUUUUUUUCUUUUCCACUGUUUAUAAGGUGCAGCAAUUUACUAUUUCAAGGGACUUUUUAAUAGUUUCUUUAGAACCAAUUUUAAACUACUUCUGUGCAAUUCUUCACAGUAUCAGCAUUAGAAUUUUGAUUUUCAGUCUUAUUUUUUUCUUCUAUUUUAGCUGCUUUUUGCUAAUUUCAAAUUGCCAGUAUUUUUCCUUUUUUUUUUUUUUUUUUGCUUUUUAAAGUUAGUUUUUUUUCCUUUAUAACCACAGUAUUGCCACAGUUUACUAUAAUAAAGGGGUUUUAAUUUGA